AAGCUUGCGGUGAGAAGCAAAGUGAAAAAGGGUCUUAGGACAAGUCUAUAUCAUGAGGCUGUGGAUGAUCUCAGGCAUCAUAGUCACAAGGUACAAAAUGUUCCAGGAUUUUUUUAUGUUUUUUUGUUUUGUUUUGUUUUUAUUUUUUAUCUAAGAAGUCUUUAUUUAGUAAAAUUGUGAUAUCACUGGAUUAUUGCUUAAUUACAUACAGUGUAUGUCUCAUUCAGGGCUGUAAAAUAUGAAUAAUAAUUAUUGUAGUUUGAAUUGUGGUAUACAGAGAGACUGUUUUAACCCUUCACAUCCUAACAUCAGUAUGCAUAUUCUCCACACUGUUCUCUAAACAUUUUCUAAGAUGCUGACAUGGAGAAUUUGUCUAACAAUCAAGAGCUUCUCUAGUCAGUGAUCAGCUUGUUUAUUCUCCUGACCUUAAUGUUUGAUUCAGGAAGGAUACAGUUAGGAGAAAAUAGAUGUCAGUCACUCUUAGGGGUUAAACUGCUGAAUACUUGGUCCUUCUUUAUCAGUGUUAACCCUUUCACUCCCAAGAUCUGAUUGUAAAUUCUCCCCUUUAGCUGCUACAUAUUUCCCUAUAAAUUAGUUGUGAGAACUUGAUACUAAAUCAAGAUAAAAGCUUCAACCUGACAGGUUUGAAUAUUCUCAUUACCUGCUUGCUAAAUAAUGCAUGGAUAUUAUAGGGAGAAGUUUCAUGUUAAUCACUUGUGAGAGUUAAAGGGUUAAACCCUUUACAGGCCUCUCACCAGCUCAUGUUGCUCCAGACCUCAUUCUCUCCUGCAGGUGAAGAAGCACUUUAGCCAAAGUGCAAUUAACCCUUAAACUCCUAAGAUCUGAUUUUCAAUUCUUCCCUCUAACUGCUACACUUGUCCUUAUAGAUUAGCAAUGAGAAUUUUGUGUUCAAUCAGCAUAACAUCUUGUACCUGAUGAGUUUGAGUAUUCCGAUUACCUGUUUGCUGAAUAAUGUAUGGAUACUAUGUGCAGAAGUUACAUGUUUAUCAGUUCUGGGUGUUAAAGGGUUAUAGAGGCCCUGCUCACAGAUGACCUUUUUCUUUUUUUUAAAUUUAACCAUUAUGCAAAUAACUUAGCCUUCCUAGAAAUACAAAUAACCAGAAGUUGUUCCUCUUGGUUAGGAUCUUGAUGAAGAAUUUCAGAAGAAAAGAGAUUUUGUGGAAGAGUACAGACCACUUACCAAGGAGACAUAUGGGGUCAGUAGUUGUUAUAUUUUUCCAAAUAGAAUCUUACUCCAGGGGUGCAUUAUGAUUCAGUCAUUCUCUUUACUGUUUGCCAUAAAAUUCAUAUGAUGUUUGAUCAGAGAAUUUGGUUUUGGAUCAUACAUACUGUUUAUGUUUCAUUCAGAGCUGUAAAAUAUGAAUAAUUGUAGUUUGAAUUAUGGUAUUCAGAGAGACUGUUUUAACCCUUCACACCCUUACAUCAGUAUGCAUAUUCUCCAUACUGUUCUCUAGACAUUUCUUAAGAUUCUGACAUGGAAAAUUUGUCUAACAAUCAAGAGCUUCUUUAGUCUGUGAUCAGCUCCUUCAUUCUCCAGGCCAUAAUGUUUGGUUCUGUGAGUGGGGAUAUGGUAAGGAGAAAUUAGAUGUCAGUCACUCUCAGGGAUUAAACUGCUAAUUACUUGGUCCUUCUUGUCACUGUUAACCCUUCACAGGCCUCUCAGCAGCUUGUGUUUCUCUACUAGGCCUCAUUCUCUUCUGCGGGUGAAGAAACACUCUUGCCAAAGUGCAAUUAACCCUUAAACUCCCAAGAUCUGAUUGUUAAUUCUCCCCUGUAGCUGCUACACAUUUCCUUGUAAAUUAGUUACAAGAAUUUGGUGUUCAAUCAGGGUAAUAUCUUGUACCUGAUGAGUUUGAGUAUUCUCAUCACCUGUUUCCUGAAUAAUAUAUGGAUAUUAAAGGGAGAAGUUACAUGUUCAUCACUUCUGGGAGUUAAAGGGUUAAUGAGGCCCUGCUCACAGAUGACCAAACUUUUUUUUGAAUUUAGUCAUUACAAGCAAGACUUGGUGUUCCUAGAAAUACAAAUAACCAGAAGUUAAUCCUUUUGGUUAGGAUCUUGUUGAAGAAUUUCAGAAGAAAAGAGAUUUUUUGGAAGAGUACACACCACUUACCAAGGAGACAUAUGGGGUCAGUAGUAGUAAUAUUUUUCCAGGGGUGCAUUAUGAUUCAGUAAUUCCCUUCACUUUCUGCCACACAAUUCAUAUGAUGUAAGUUGGGAGAAUUUGGUUUUGGAUCAACUAACAAUCAGAGCAUCACUUGCCUGCUUGGUGUUGUAUUGAUGUGGUGGGGAGAAAUAAUGUUUUGGUCAUGCAUGGGAGUUUAGGGGUUGAUUGUGUAAAUGCUUCUCUCUCCCCUUGCGAAAUGGCUCUUGGAAUUCCUAGGAAUUCCUAGGAUUUUCCUAGGAAUUCCUAGGAAUAAAGGUGUGAAUUUUCACGGUAAAUUCGGACUGGGAAUUCCUAGGAAUUCCCAACCAUAACAACUCUGGUUCUAAAAACCUAGAAAUUCCUAGAAAUUCCCAGAAAUUCCCAGAAAUUCCCAGAAAUUCCCAGAGAUUCCCAGAGAUUCCAAGUUUAUAGCCAACAGGACUUGGAAUUCCUAGGAAUUCCUAGGAAUUCCAACUCAGAGAACCAAUGACUUUCCCUGAAAAGCUGUAAAUCUAAAAAAUUCCUAGGAAUUUCUGGGAAUUUCUGGGAACUUCUGGGAAUUUUUGGGAAUUUUUAGGAAUGUUUAAGAAUUACUGGGAAUUUUAAGCAAAAAUUUGAGGCUAAUGAUAUAAAAUAAAUACUUUAAAUUAAAAAAACCCAGCUAAAAUUCAAAUAUUCAAUGAAAUUUAUUUAGAAGCUUAAUUAAGGCUUACAUGUAAAAUAUUUUUGAUUAAUUACUAACAUCAAUGUGUGGUAUUAUUAGGAUGGAAUUUGAUUUAUUUUUCUUUCCUUGAAAACUUCAUACGGAUUAAUCCUCAAUUACAGCUAUUCAUAUAAAAUAGUUCUAAUCAAUCAUUAAAUUUGGUUUGACACAAAUUGUGAAUAAAAUCUGUUGAUUCUCUUCCAUAAAAUACAAUAUCUUAAGUUUUAUUUAUAUAGUUAUAUUCUUGGGAGUGAAGGGGCUAAUUACAGACAAAUAAAAUUGAUUUUUUGAUUAAAAUCUUGUUGUAACUGUAACAAUAAAUUAGAAUGAAGUUAUCCUAAACUGCAAACUUAGCUGCUGUUUGUACUGUUUGUAUUUUUUUCCUGGGCUCACAAUGAGUUGGCCUUGAAUGAGGUUGUCAACAAGAACCUUGACCAUUUUGUAUCUGGAUUCCUUGACAUCUGAAUUUGAAAAAAAAAUUAUAUUAAAAUAUGUAUGUUUAAAGCUCAGACCAGGCUUUUAAGAUGGCUAUGAGGAAAAGGGCAUUCAUUGGAUUCUCAAAUUGAGAAAUCUCUGUUAUAUUGAGUGACUUUUAUAUUGGAGUUAGUACAUCUCUCUCAUGGAUUUUACUAAAAAAGGGCUGAAUACAUUAUUUUGUUUUUACCAAGGAGGGCUUCUUUAUGUACUAAGGUUUGUUUUGAAUCUUGAAUGUUCCCAAACGUGACUAGAGGAAUCUUGAAACCUUGCUGAUAGGUUUAUUUCAUUGUAAAGCAUAAGCUUAAGAAACUGCGGCAUGCAAGUGACCGAUUCGAUUCUCAGAAUUAUUCUAGUUUCAGUUGCGCCGAGCGUUAUGUAAGCUUAAUUCAACCCGCUACAUCUAUUAUUUUAUAAGAUUUUGAUCUCGUAACGAAUAUCGCAAUUUUUACUCACCACAAACUUUCAAAAUCGUAGCUUUACAGAUGGCCACUCGACCCUUGUUUGUACCAGUCCAUAUGUCAACUGUUGUCCCUUCUUUUAACUCCACGGCGCCAACGACUUUCUUCUCUUUUACAACACUCACGCUAUUCUCGUUUUCCCAUUGAACCACAAUAAUAGCUAUCUUUAGAAAUGUUAUAUUAAGCAAAACAGUUGAGAAAAGCGAUCAACCGAUGAAAAGUACAUUCAAAGAUGAGCGCCAAAUGGAGUCUUCUUUGUUUCCGAUCACGGGCAUGAUCACGUGGAUCUUUUCUAGGACUUGUCAUUGGCUAGUAAAGUGAAUCCGCUGGCUUGCCGAUUGCAGUGUUAAGAGAAGCGCCCAACUUUAUUCUGACUUCUCCGACCGGUUCUCUGCUUCUAGAAGAUGGAUAGCUUGGUGAUAUAAAUAAAGAUGUGAGCUCACUCUAUGUAGAAAUAAUCGACAAGAAUCGAUCGUAUUACAAAUGCACGAUUUGUGGCCGAAAGUUGUCGAGGAAACAAAGACUCGAAACUCGCUUGAGUUGUGUUAAUGGCAAAGGUGAGAAAUAACACAAGCCAAUCACAGUUUUGAAUGCGACUACAAAUCGUCUUUUACCCUCAUAUUUAUAAAAGAAGGAUACCACAUUCGGAAGUAUAAGAGAUACAUAGAUGAUCCCAGUGUACCAGUACCUAAAUCUACAAAGCUUGACCGUAGCAAGCGUUCAGCAACACGUUCCAACACCGCCAUCUCGAUUCCUCAGUCAGUCGUUUCCACUGAACUUAAAGCAGUAUUGACAACAGAGUAGAGUGCGUCUUACAAAGGAGAAACAUUUGUACAAGAGACAGGAGUAGCUAUAUGCGAUUACAGAGGUGCAUUGGAACUCUGGUCCAUAAAUAGUUAUGCACUGUAUAAAACAAUUUUGUUGAUAGCUGACAGACAGAGAAGAACAACAAGUAAACUUAAGAGCUGUUAUUAUUGAAGUGUGACUAGCACUUUUCAUUUUUAUAUAAAGAAGGACUUGUAAUUUGCACCAAAAAUAAAAAGAUGUAAUAUUUUUUUGGGAGAUCCAGUGAUUGGGACAUUUAAGAAAUUAAGUUAUGAAAGGAAACUUGGUUGGUACUUCUCACUACUAACAAGUCUUGUUGACAAAUAUUUUCAGAUCAGAGUUUCAAAUAAAGUAAAUUGAAGAUGUCAUAUAAAAGGUGUUUUUUCUCUAAGGGAACAUUGACUACCUUUGUCUUGUCUGCAUGCCAAAUGUUUGCAAAGUGUGUGGAUGAUCCACAAGUAUUGGAACUCUUACAAAAAUGUUUUGUAAGAAUAAAAACAGCAAAACAAAUUACAGCAAUUAGUCAUGAAAAUAGAGCAAAAAACUGAAAAAAAAAGCAGCAACAACAAUCAUGAAAAAAGAAAGAUUAAUUAGGUGUUGAAUUUGUUUGUCUAAGGCAUGAAAUUUCUACUAAAAGUAUUGUCAACAAAAAGUCUCUGACAGUGUUUGAGGCAACUGAGCCUGACUGUUCCAAGGUUUUCUAACAAAGGCAACCAGUAAUGUAGGUUAGGGAAGUAAGAUAACAAUGUAAUUAUUGUUAAUUAUUGUGGAAGUUGGCAAUUUCCAUUUAACAUAACUGACAGCUGGUUCAUGAGAAAAUCCAUAUUAAUGUAAAGAUUUACUAAAACUUAGUUUGAGUAAUAAAUUUCAUGAUCUUUAAGUUGUAAACAUGUACAUGUAUGUAUAUCUCUUGGUAAGUUUUCUAUAGCAUACCUUUUAUUGAGCCAAAGUUUUAAGCCUCUGAAAUUACUCUUUUUCUUAAAACGUUCACAUUCAAGGUAUUGAGGGUUUCUUAGAAUUUAUGUGGACCUCAGGGUAUUAAAAUUGCUUCAAAUUCAAUUCCCAGAAAUUCCCAAGAGUUCCACACUUCUUAAAUUAUAGGUAGUUUGUAAAGCUGAGAAUUCCUAGGAAUUCCAAGGGAUUCCAAGUCCUCACAAAACUGGAGUCUUCCUUUCCCAGAAAUUCCCAGUAAUUCCAAGCUUUUUAAAUCAGAGUUAAUUUGCAUAGUUGGGAAUUUUUGAGAAUUCCUAGGAAUUCCUAGAAAUUCCUAGGAAUUCCUAGGAAUUCCCAGAAAUUCCCAGAAAACUGGGAAUUCAGUUUGCAAGGGUAAUUUGCAUAAUUGGGAAUUUUUGAGAAUUCCUAGGAAUUCCUAGGAAUUCCUAGGAAUUCCCAGAAAACUGGGAAUUCAGUUCGCAAGGGUCACCACGUCAGUCUGGGCUAGGAUUCUGCACCCUGAACUACUUGUGGGUGUAGGAUAGAUUACAUUUACAUGCAUCUUGUUGGUUUGCUUUAGGGGUCUUUUAUGAGGGAAAAGAGAUCUGGAAUUACAAAAUGCCAACUCUGCUGGAAACUGUGGUUGAAAAGCCAGAAUGUCUAAUUGUCAAUAAUAACAUAAACAAUUAAGUUAUGAUUCUGUGAAUUGCUUUUGCACCAAACAGCACCUAUGAUGAGAACAAGGUUUUAGAGGAAAGUCAGAUUUGGUUUUAGCUUCUAAGUAAGAGUUGACAAUUUUGAGAUUAAAUAAAUAAAUGUUUUUCUACUUGUGUUUUUUUUGUAGAACUUUGCCAAAAUGUUACAUAGUCAGCAAUGUAUGUAGCAAUGUUUUAUUUGCUGGAAUGUGUAAUCUGCAUUAAGGUUUUUUAGGCUGAAAUAGUGAAUUACAACUUCAAAUCUCAUGAUUUUGGUGAAUGGUCCAGUCUAGUGAAUUUUAUCAGAAAGUAUGGCUAAAAACAUUGAUAUCUAAAGAACAUCCAUGUAAAAACAACGUGAGGGUGGCAAAGACCUACCUGAAUUAUUAUUCAACCAUACAGUAUUGUAAUGUAUCAGGAUGUUACAAAAUAUAUGAUUGAUUUUGAUAACAAAUGAUACUGUAUGAUUAUGACAAUCUCACCAUGAUGGCAUAUUAAUACAUAUGUAAGUUUGGUAAUUUUGAAUUUCUUUGUGAAUUUCAGGUGUUGCAUUAGCAGUGAAUGA